GUAUUGUGUGUCGUGUGUGUAUUAAUAUGGAGUGAUGAUUGUUUGUCAUUCCAAAAGGAAGAGGUAAUUUCUGUUGUGACAGCGGAAUUUGUAUCCAAAAGCUAUAAACUUGGCAAUUUAACAUAAAAAAUGAAUUCAGCUCAAAUGAAAGACGAACUUAUGCACAUGGACGAACGAAUCUCAAGCAUCUACGAUGGAGAAUAUUUCCGAGUGAUGCAACGGAAGGACGAUAUUCUCAUUGUGCAAUGUAUCACUUGUGGACCAGACGCACCACAACUAAGAGCUUCCAGGCGCAGUAAUGGGAACAUACUAAAGCACAUUCAACGGCGUCACGGUGAAUUACUUUCAAAAAUUCGAGUCGAGAAGAAUAUUAAAUGCAGAGCGCCAGGUCUUCGAAGAUCAGUAAAAUCGGAUUCGACGAGUAAAAACGUUCCACCGAAAACAAUCAAUUUAUCAUCGGCAAUUUCGCCCAGCGAACCCAAACCACAGAUGGUAUACAUUGAAGCGUCCGCAUCGGAUUCGAUCGAAAAUUUUCAAUAUUUGGAUAGAACUGAAUGCUCGAACGAAGAAAAUUUACAACUGUUACAGACUGAUGAUAAUCUCAUAUCCGAGGAGCAGGAAGCAAGCGAUUUCAUUAGCCACGACCAAUUGAACGAAAUCAGUAGCGAAGAUCAUACAAUUACGAAUAAACAUCUGGAUGUCAAGUCUGAUCACCUGGAAUGCGAAGAGUAUGACGAUUGUCCGGAAACAACAUGCUCUGACGAUGCGAAAACAAAGCAAAACAUCAGCAAAGAGUUGAUGGAACUGAAAAAGGAUCUGAUGAUGAGGGAAUUCGAUGAGCUACAAGAAAUGAGACGAGAGAAGCAUCGAUUCGAAAUUGAAAUUUUGCGGCGAGAGUUGGAGUUUAAGAAAAUUGAGCAUCGUAAAAAAAUUGAAUUGUUGGAUAAACAGCUGAGAGAAAAGUAAAGUCUAAUUUAUUGACAGUUGAAAUAAAACAUUUUAUCAA